AUGGUCGAUGUUGAUUCUCACAGCAGUUUCAACAAUGUUGUGCACUUAGAUGAUGAUGAUGAUGAUGAUGAAGAACCCGAUGGAGAAUAUCACGGAGAAGCUAACGAUGAUGAGGAGCAGGUUUUAGGAAAUGAGUUAGAGUUAUGUGAUGUUGAUCGCGAAAUGGCUAAUGAAUUCACUGAAGAGGAUGUGGUUGUAGGUCCAAUCUCUGAAAUGCGAUUUAGAGAUAAAGAUUCUUUGUUUGCAUUCUACAAAGAACAUGCACGACUGAACGGAUUCUCCGUCGUCAAAAGAAAUUCCAAUAAGAAGGGUAGUGACACUUCCAGGUAUAUAACUUACUGUUGUGAUAGGGCUAGGAUUCGCAAAACCAAGUUUAGCACCAAGAGUAAUAAUUGUAACUCUAGGCUCGCUGCUGUUUUGGAUGAUUCUGGUUGUUGGCGUGUCUCUAAGGGCGUUCACGAUCACAAUCAUGAUUUGCUCCCAUCCAUGUCGCGCCUGAUGGCUGGACAUAGGUCCGUUUGUGAUUCUUUGAAGAGGAAUCUUGUAGCUCACGAUCGAUCUAGCAUUAGACCCUCCAAGAAUAUUAGACUUGCUGAGGUUCAACGUGGUGGACCGCAAAAUUUGGGUUACACUCCAAAGGAUUGUAGAAAUUUUAUUUUGAAGAGUAGAAAUUUUGAAAUGCAAGAAGGGAACGCACAGUUGCUGCUCAACUUUUUUCGUGAAAUGCAGGUAAAGGAUAGGGAGUUUUUCUAUUCAAUAGAUGUUGAUUAUAUUGGUAGGCAGCGAAAUGUGGUAUGA